AUGUUGUGUCCCAGCGUCUUCCAGCCGGCCCCCGUCACCAUGAGGCCUUUCCUGGACCUGCACUGGCCCGUCCGCAGCCUGUGGCCCGAGACCCGGCCACUGUUCUACCACAUGGAGCAGGAGAUGAUCCGCCACAUGCAGGAGGUGAAGCAGAGCAUCGAGCACAUGGAGAGGCUGCACCAGAAGAUCUUCGACGAGAUCGACAGCAGCUCCGGCUCUAAGGGCGUCUUCAUGCCCAUCGCCUUCCAGGACCUGGGGCGGGAUGGCAGCCGCUUCGCCCUCAGCCUGGACACGAAGGAGUUCAGCCCGGAGGAGCUGUCAGUCAAACAGGUGGGCAGGAAGCUGAGGGUGAGCGGCAGGACGGAGAAGAAGCAGGAUGAUGGGAAGGGCUCUUACUCGUACCGGUGUCAGGAGUUCAGGCAGGAGUUCGACCUGCCGGACGGCGUUGAACCUGCGACUGUCAGCUGCUCCCUGGCGGGAGGCCGGCUGCAGAUCGCGGCCCCCAGGGAGGGGCGCCUUAGCGAUGGGAAGGAGAGGGUUGUCCCAAUCAAUGUCACCUCGGCCCCGGCUAUAACCUCUCUGUCCCCGACCAGCGAGGGUCCGGAGGGGAGCAGCUCGUCCUCAGAGACCAGCACCACAGACACAAACUGAAGCAGCUGUUCACACGUCUGUGGUUUCAGUUUUACUGAGGGAACAGUGAUGCUCAGAUCACAAAAAUAGUCCUUCAACAUUUAUAAUAACUUCAUGACUCAUUGAGGUAUUUAAUGUAUGGUGUUAAACUUACCAGAGAUCAGAGUGAACCAUCUUGUUUGUGAAACAUAUCUUUGAUAGAUGAGGGAACGUGAUCCUGAUUCUUUUCUUGCACUUUGAUUUUGAAAAAGUAUCUGUUUAUAUAAUAAACUUUAUUUUUAGUUUAUUUCCGUUUCAUGUCAGGAGAUGAAGUGAAUGUAUUUUGGUUUAAACGGAUGAAAGUUUGUUGAAUAAGAAACACAAAGAGCAUGAAUCAGUUUUUACUGAUAAACUGACGUCUUGUUUAACAGUUUCUAUAUAGAGCUAAUGCUAGCUUGUUUGUAGCUAGCUACAGCUGGGAAAUUAAAUGAACUCGCCUGUAUGAAGUUGAUUUUAAAGUAUUUGUUGAUAACAUUUAU